AGAAGACAUUAUAUACACAGAGACCAACCAAUGGCAGGCAGGUGGGGGCACCGGGAAACCACUUACCCAGCAACUGUGAACGCUGGUGGUUGAGCGGAAUCAGCAUGUCCCAAGAGAAAGCACAGAAGGGCAUGAAACCUGUGGACCAUGUAUUUCCUCUUGCGGGAGAGGGGGUUCGUUUGUUUUUGUUUUAAGUUACUAUGUAACUCUUUGGGGAGGGAGCCAUGGAGAAAGGGAGGCCGAUGCUGGAAGGAGACGGACAUCGUUCCACAGGGAUAUCGCCGAUACAGGACCCUAGCACGGCAGGGAGGAAGGCGCUUUGGCUGUGUCUUGAGUGGGGAUUUACACCGAGCGAUGACAGCCUUGCGGCUAUGAUAUCACAAUCCACUGCCCAGCGGAUCAAUCAGAAUUCCGCUUUGGACAAUCCGCGGCUAUGACCUCACGGGGAUUAUUGACCAAUCAGUUUUGCCAGGUCCCCCCCCCCCGUGUGGUACGCUCGGGUGCCCCCAAGUGAGGAUGAGAGUUUCGGGCAGCCGCCGGAGCCCAGCCCUGCUCCUGUCAUGGGGGCAGCUGCUGUGCCGGAGCCCCACCUCCUGGCCCCUGCCCCGCGAGCCCCCCCGCUCCCCAGCGCGCGGAAAUUCCGGGCUCCCCCUUCCCGCACCCUUCUUCUCUGGCCCAACCGCGGGCGGAGUUCCCCAGCCAGUGGCCCGGUCCGCCCCCGCCCCCCAUGCGCUGCUCGCUAUAUAGCCGCAGCACCGAGCUCCUUCAGCAGCGGUGGAGCAGAGUCACCCGCGGCAGGAGCGAGCGCCAGAGCCCGGCGAGCCAGACUGGGACUGCAGGACAGAGCUUAAAAAAAGAUGAUAAAAAUGAUGCACUUUUUCAACAGCAGUCCUUUUGGGAUGGAUAAGAUUUCUAAGGACUGCGUCACUGGAGUAAAGCUGCCUGGAAAACCUUCCACAUCAUCAGAAUCCGAACCACAUAUUGUGUCUAUUGAAUCAGCUGUGGAAGAGACCCAGCCAAAAGAUCAGAUGAAAACUGAAAGCCAAGGACAAGAUUCUGUUCUCGGAGACUCACAUGAACCUUCCACUGAAGCCAAUGAGAGCUGUCCUCAUUCAUCUGAGUGCAGAGAUAGUCCCAAAAAGAAAAAGAAGGGAAUAAAGGGAAAACUAAAAGAUGCCUUUUCCAAUUUUUGGGGUGGUCAGAAGAUAGAGAAUCUAAUAGAAAACGAUGGAGCAUUGACAGCUGAACAAAUCAGAGAGCACCUUGAAAGUGACCAUUUCUUCGAUGCCACUAAACAGCUGAUUGCUCUGGAGUGGGCCCUCUACAGCAACUUAAGUGGCAAGAGUGAAGAGGAAUUGUCAAGGGAGCAAAGCGAAGUGGAAUCACUUUAUGAACUACUGAGGUGUAAAGUCUUCAGCAUCAUAAAGAAUUCGAUAAUCCUAGCACCAGCUAAUCCAAAGUUACUACGGCAUGCCGUGUACGCAAUAGAAGAGCAGGAGGUGGAGGAUGAGAAAUACAAGUCAGAGAAGCUACCUGACCAGAUCGUGAGUUACAGACCCAGAAAAUGGAGGGAGGUUUGGAUGGACACAGUGAAGCAGUCUGUAGCUGAUCGUAUGAAAGACAUCCAGCGCACUAGCUGUGCUAAGAACCUGUCUACAACUGCUCAUUGCCUCCUGCACAUGGGAAGGACAAUGAAAGAGGAUAUGACAACAGUGGUGGAAUGCAUUAAACAACAUUACCAUGCACAGUUUAACGUGUGCAGCACAUAUGCAGAAUGUUACCACAGCUAUUUCUCUUCUCAGCUGCAGCAGAUUGCUGACUUUGAACUGGGAGAUAAGGACACAUAUCUCCUCCUCACUUGGGUGCAGAACCUUUAUCCAAAUGACAUAAGAAAAAAUUCCAUUUUAGUGAAAGAGUUGGAUGAAGCCAAACUGGGGAGCCUUUUGCCACCCAAAAUGAUCAAACAGCUUGAAGCUACAUACCUGUAUAAUGAAGCGGCUUCUGUCAAGAACUGGCUGGCCAAGAGUUUAGAAAUGGAAGUAAAGAGGUGGACAGAAGAGAAAGAACCGGAAAAACUGGAUGGACGUUUUCAUAGUGAAUUAGCCAUAGAUGUCAUCCAGACUAUUCAUGGAGGACAAAAGCGAGCUGCAGAAAUUACACCUGAACUGGGCAACCAACUGUCUAUCGUACUGUUGGUGGAGCUGUCAACAUUUUUGAAAAGCUACAAGAAAGCCUUAGAAGAAUUUAAAGAGAAAAACAAGCAGCAUGGCUAUUUCAAGGCUAUGAUAAUUGCAAAUAUUAACAACUGCAUGAAUUUUAGAGACCACACGGAGAAAACCACGACAUCAGCACAAGACAGCACCAGAUUGAAAAUACUUGCUACGCUUCGUGAAAUAGAGAACAGUGGCUAUGAUGAACUGCUUCAAGAUUUGUUUCUGGAGUUAAAGCCUAUUUUUAGAAAGUUCACACAAAGUAAAUGGCUUUCGUGCAGUGAAACGAUGGAUGAAAUCAUUCAGGCCACCAGCAACCACCUUUCAGAAUUCAAGACUCUCCUCGACCCCUUUUACCAGGGCAUUAUGGAGAAGAUUCAUGGUCACUUGGUGAGAGAAUACAUUGUGAGGCUAAUGAAGAAGAAAGUCAGCUUGAAAACCCCAGAACUACAGCAAAACUUGUCAAAACUCAUUUCAGCUCAUGCCUCCCACUUGCAGAGCUUCUGCAAAGAGAAGGGGUCUAAGGCCACAUGGUUGGAUUCUGCACUCCCAAAACUGGCUGAAAUAAUCAUACUUCAGGAUUCAAGUGCCAUUAAAAUAGAAGUUGCUAUACUUGCUAAUACAUACCCAGAUAUCAGCAAAAAGCACCUUGCUGCCAUCUUGUACAUCAAGGGAAACUUGCCGAACAGUGAAGUAAGAAGCAUCCUGAGCAUCCUGGAUAUCAGCACAAAGUCCACCACUUCCUGUGACCCACUGUUCUCAGCUAUAAGGAUUUCCUAGGCUUGAUCCCAGCACUCAUACUCUAUGGGACUAUUUGCUAAGCUAGUAAAAGUCACAGCAUGGGGCCAGAUUCAGCAGGCCUCAUGCAUGGGCCAUGCAGCUAACCAGUGCAUCAGCAUUUCUCUGCUGAAGUCCUUUUUUGUCAUUGUAAGAUUGACUCCCCUGUGGGAAGAGAUUUGCUCUGUGCUUAGCUACGAAGGGAUGGAAUCUGAUAGAGGGGUUGUGGCCUAGUAGUUUGUAGUUCUCUGAACAGCAAACAGAGCUCUCAAAUCAGACACUGACUCCCUCUGAGGUCUCAGGCAUAUCCCACUAUGCCUCAGUUUCCCCCUGGGUACAGUAGUACUCCACUUACUUCCCAGGAGCAUUGCAAGUAUUACCUAGCUAACUAAUUAUUUAGAUAAGAUCUAUAAAGCAUGGCUUGUCCUCUGUGGAGGAAGAGGCUAUUUACAUUUCAUUUUUUUCUUCCAAAAGCUUAGCAAAGUGAUUGGGGAAAAAAAUAAUUUCAGAGGAUGCUCAGUAGACAUCUGCUAGGUUUUCUUUUUAAUCAGAGGCUAUGAAGCUGCAUUUUCUAUUAGAUCAGUAAGAUGUGGUGAAGGGGUCAGGAAGGAACAAAGUCUGUCCUCAGGCUAGCUUGCAGGAACAGUUUGGAUAAGGAAAGUUUUAAAGGGUCUCAUUGAAAAUUGUGACUGCAUGUGUUUCAAAAAGUGAAAUUGCCUUAUCAUGGACAAGAGAAAAGUCACAGCACAGAAAGCUGCCAAUCUUGGGACUUUAGGAGCUUUCUGCAUUUUGUAAAAUCCAAAUUUUAAUUUUUUUAAAAAUCUAGGUUUCUGCACCUUCCUUUUGUGAGGCUACAGUCAGCACAGUGUAAACUGAUGGGCUGCUUCCCAGCUAAGCAAGCCUAGCAGAAAGCAUUCCCUAGCUACACCAUAGCAGCCAGCCAAAGGUGGGACUUUACCACUCCUAUACCCCAUUCACCUCCAUGAGGUGUGAAUUUCUAAGCCUGCUUGGCAAAUUAGCAUCCAGUCCUGCAAGUGCUUUGCACGCAGAGCUCCUAUCCGAGUUCUGUGUAGGACUGGGAUUUUAAGUGCUCACAUUUCUGACUUUCUCCUGUUUAUAUUCAGUAGUUUCCAGUGCUAUAGAUUAAGGGUUUCUAUAGCUAAUUAUACAUUGUAAUAGUUGUUGUAGCCUAAGGCCCCAAUUCAGCAAAGCAUUUACCUUGCUUACAUCCACAACAUUCAGCAAAGCGUGCAUUUCAGUUCUGUUGCUUUCAAUGGGAUUUGCACAUGUGCUUUAAGUGUUCAGGGGCCUAACUGCAUAAAUGCAACACACAUUUUGUGUUGUUUUGUAUAAAAUCUCUCUCUCUCUCUCUCAGUUGCCCUCUAUCCUGCUGUUGUUGGUCUAGACUAGAGCUGGAAAUACUAAUCUUGGGUAUGUUUUGAAAGCAAGUUUGUUUUCAAGACAAUCUUUUAGCCAGAGAAUUACCUAAAUAUCCAAGUUGUUGAAUCCAAGACCUUUACCCUCUGUAUCAAACUGUAGAAAGCUCAUCUGCUAGGAGGAUGAAUGACUAUGGAAACUGUGAAAUGGCAGUUGCAGACAAAGCAUACUGGCAUCAACGUCCCUAUAAAACCACCUUUAAAUGUGACCACAAUUUGUGUAUGCUGCAUGUAAGCUUCUGCUUUCUAACCCUGAGGUUGUAUUUCCACAGGUGCUUGUAGGUCACUGGUGUAUUUUAGAAUCCAAUUUUAUUUUCUCUAAUUAGUUAUCUUUGUAUGUAAUAUUUAUAUUUAAACAAUUUUAAAAUUAUGCUGGAAAUGUAGCUGACUUACCUCUGGUUGUGUGUAUGUACCAUACGCAUGGGUAACCCUAUGGUAUUCCUUCAGAGAUGAUUCCCCUACUACUUGCACCCUGAUGAAUGUUAGGUUAGGGUUGCCAACUUUCUAAUUGCAGGAAAUCCCACCCCUUCUCAGAGGCCCCGCCCCACACUUACUUAAUCCCUGCUUCCUCUGUCACUCGCUCUCCCCCACCAUCACUUGCUCGCUCAUUUUCACCAGGCUGGGGCAAGGGUGUGGGAGGGGGUAAGAGUUCUGGCUGGAGGUGCAGGCUCUGAGGUGGGGCCAGGGAAGAGGGAUUCAGAGUGCAGGAGGAGGAUCAGGGCUGGGGUAAGGGUGCAGGAGGGGAUGUGGGGUGCAGGUUCUGGGCCACACUGACCUCAGUUGGCCCCAGCAUUUCCCAGGGAUGGAGGAAGUACACGUGGCUCCUGGUAAGCAGUGGCAUGUCUCUCCAGCUCCUAGGCAGAUGGGCAGCCAGGGGGCUCUACACCGCCCCCACCCCCACAGGCACUGCCCCAAGUGCCGGCUCUACAGCUCCCAUUGGCCAUGGUGUUCCUGGCCAAUGGCAGCUGUGGAGCUGAAGGUCGGGGCAGCGCACAGAGCCCCCUUCACCGCCCCUCCACCUAGGAGCCAGAGGCACAAGCUGGCCACUUCCUGGGAGCCACGCAGAGCCAGGCACGGAGCCUGCCUGCUCAGGGUACCCAACCAGACGUUUAGCGGCCCUGUCAGCUGUGCUGACUGGAGUUGCCAGCAUUCCUUUUCGACCGGGCAUUCCGGUCAAAAACCGGAUGCCUGGCAACCCUAUGUUGGAGUCAAGUGCCUAGUACAUUGAGGGUACUACUGGAAUACAAAUAAAAGAAGCUGGUAUUGCAGGGCCACAUGCUAUGUGUGUGUAUUGUUACUGCAUACUCUGCCUUAUUCAUUUCAUACCGUAGCCUGGCUUCCUAUGGUCUUGAGAGUAGGGACUGUCGUCUCCUGUAUGUUUGUGUAACACCUAGCACAGUGGUGUCCAGCCUAGGUGUAACUGAACUAUAAGCGUUGAAUAAUAAAGACAGAUCAGUAUA